GAAAAAUUGAACACACCGAAAGCUCCCGGACGGGAAGACGACUUGGCGCUGGUGCUGCCGCGAGAUCUAACCAAACCCAGCGCCCUCCUCACCGUCCGGCGAGCCCCGGGGGACCCCUGCAGAUCACCGGCGCUCGAGUGACACCCAGAGGCGCGCGGUGGAACCAGCGCCGAGAUAAGGGCGGUGCCAGACGCUCGGGCCGCGGGCGCGCGGGCGGGCGACGAUGCCGGUGGCGGCGUCGGCCAUCUACUUCCUCAACCUCCGCGGGGACGUCCUCAUCAACCGCCUCUACCGCGACGAUGUCGGGGGAAAUAUGGUUGAUGCGUUCAGGAUGCAUAUUAUGCAAACAAAAGAACUUGGCACAUGCCCUGUUCGGCAAAUAGGAGGCUGUUCCUUCCUUUACAUGAGGAUCAGUAAUGUUUAUAUUGUGAUUGUGGUUAGCAGCAAUGCUAAUGUUGCUUGUGCUUUCAAGUUUGUAGUCGAGGCAGUGGCUCUCUUCAAGUCCUACUUUGGUGGAGCUUUUGAUGAAGAUGCCAUCAGGAAUAACUUUGUUUUAAUAUACGAACUUCUUGAUGAGAUUAUGGAUUUUGGUUAUCCUCAAAAUCUGUCACCUGAAAUCUUGAAGUUGUAUAUAACUCAAGAAGGCGUCCGGUCACCAUUUUCCUCCAAGGCCUCAGACAAGCCUGUUCCAAAUGCGACCCUUCAAGUCACUGGUGCUGUUGGUUGGAGAAGAGAGGGUCUUAUGUACAAGAAGAAUGAGAUUUUCUUGGACAUAGUUGAGAGUGUAAACCUUCUAAUGUCUUCGAAAGGGAGUGUUCUGCGAUGUGAUGUGACAGGAAAGAUUCUUAUGAAGUGCUUCCUUUCUGGAAUGCCUGAUCUGAAGCUGGGAUUAAAUGACAAGAUUGGGCUUGAAAAGGAAGCCCAACUGAAGUCCAGGCCUACAAAGAGUGGAAAGACCAUAGAACUUGAUGAUGUCACAUUCCACCAGUGUGUCAACUUAACAAGAUUUAACUCAGAAAAGACAGUCAGCUUUGUGCCACCAGAUGGUGAAUUUGAAUUGAUGAAGUACCGAAUCACAGAGGGUGUCAACCUUCCAUUCCGUGUUCUUCCGACAAUUAAGGAAUUGGGUCGAACGCGGAUGGAGAUUAAUGUGAAAGUCAAGAGUGUUUUUGGUGCUAAGAUGUUCGCACUAGGUGUCGUUGUCAAAGUACCAGUUCCAAAGCAGACAGCAAAGACUAGCUUCCAAACAACAUCAGGCAAAGCAAAAUACAAUGCUUCGAUUGAUUCACUGGUGUGGAAGAUCAGGAAAUUCCCUGGACAGACUGAGGCAACUAUGAGUGCAGAGGUUGAGUUGAUCUCUACCAUGGGUGAAAAGAAGUCAUGGAACAGACCACCUAUUCAGAUGGAAUUCCAGGUUCCAAUGUUCACUGCUUCUGGUCUACGUGUUCGGUUCCUUAAGGUCUGGGAGAAGAGCGGUUACAACACUGUUGAGUGGGUUCGCUACAUCACGAGAGCAGGAUCUUACGAGAUAAGGUGUUAGUGACAGAUAAAAUCUUUCAAGCUCAAUUGAACAGUUAUUUCAAGGAUCCACAGAGGUCGUCAUGCAUGAUUAUAAAGCACGUAUACUGUGACACAACUAUCUUCAAACCUUGUACUUCAGCAGAGGGGGCAGGCCAGGGCAGACCAGACAGUUUUCCUUUAUGUUCUUCUAUUCACUGUAGUCUGGGAUAUCUAUUCUCCCCCCUCGUGCCCUGUUUGUUUGGUAGGGAGUGUAUUUUUUGUUUGUAUAUUUGGCGGUAGCGUUCCUUGUUGAUCAAUACACACCCCCUUAUUAGUUUGUACUAUUUUUCGUGUUAAAUGGAUGAGUGGUUUCACUUGGCACAACAGUGACAAACAUUUCAUGCAUAAGAUUUGGUAUAUUUGCAGAUUA